AUGACUACUACAUACUUCAUUACUGGUGCCAACAGAGGAAUUGGCUUUGAGUUGACCAAAAAGAUUUCGGAGAACAAGGACAAUGUUGUUGUUGCUACCACUCGUUCUUUCGACCGUGCUGGACAGCUCAAGGAUUUGAAGAGAGAUAACAUUGAGAUCAUCCAAUUGGAUGUUACCGACUCUUUGGAUGAGUUGAAGGACUCCUUGAGCAAGCUGAAAGUCUUGCAAGAGAAUGGAGUUGAUGUCUUCAUUCAGAAUGCUGGAAUCUACCUCGAUGCUGGUGAAGGUACUGCAACUACACCAAUUGAGCACUUCACUGACAUGUUCAACGGCAACACUCUCUCCAGUAUCAAGGUUUACCAAGCUAUCUACCCAUACUGGAUUAGGGAGCACAAGGGUGUCACUAAGAAGGCAGUGUAUAUCUCGUCGCUUCUUGGCUCCAUGGGCGGAUUCAUUUUGCCAUCUUUCGGCUAUGGUUUGUCCAAGGCUGCCUUGAACUUCCAUGCAAAGCACACCGCUUUUGAGCAUUCCAAUAGUGAGAACCCUGUAUUGAAGGAAUCAAUUACGGUCAGUUUGCACCCUGGAGUUGUCACUACUGACAUGGGUUCUGCAGGUGCAGAGAAGCUCCGCCAGAAUGAGAGUUUUGCGGGCCUUGAUCUUGACAAGAUCAUUAUCUCUCCUCCACAAAGUGCUUCCGAUCUUGUGAAGAUUAUUGAUGGUUUGAAGUUGGAAGACACAGGAUCAUUUUUCAACCAUGAUGGAUCCAAGCUUCCCUUCUAA